UUUCUUUUUUCUUUUGCUGUUGGUUUUAGUUUGGCCCUGUUCUUGUUUGAUCGAUGUCCUUUUCUUGAGGUCAUUUUUUUCCGAUUUUCUUCUUUUUUUAGUGCUUGAGGUUUAGGGAUGGAUAGAGACGACAAUACUCGCACAUUAUGUGAUGAGAUCAUGGGGUUUGUUUGUGUGAUGUAGUGGUAUCUCUCUUGCUGAGACGCUCGAGAAGAACAUAAUCUAGGGUUUAAUUUUCGAGAUAGGUAAAUGCUCUCUCUUUUAUGGAGAUUACUCACAUAAAACAGUUUUGAAACGGCCUUAGGAAUGACGAUUCUUUUAUGAUUGUUUUACAAUAUUGUUCUAUGUGAACCGAUUCAGUAUCGGAAGAUUGGGUUUUAUCGUAUCAUGCCUUUUGUCUAAAUAUUAGAUUAUAGCAUGCUUUUUUUUUUGACGAAAAUUAUGGCACGCUUGGUGAUAUGUUAUCUGUUCUGUUACAUCCUUUUUUAAUCCCUUUCCUUCUAGUAGGUGAAAGAUUUUGAUAGGAUUUGCUUGUUCUCCUUUUUUAUAAUCUUAGUUAUAUUUCCUGCUGUAACGUUUAAACCUUUAUACUUGUGUUUUCCUUGUGCGGAUGAACUUAUCUUUACCACGUCAGCUAUAAAAUGCUUGAAGGUGCACAGAAUUCUGUUUUCCAUGAAUUUUAGCUUGCUCUUUUGUUAAAAGUUUUCUUUUUUCUUUUUCUCCCUUUGUUUUUGUCCCUUCCCUUCUUCCCUGGCCAAGAAUAGUUUCUGCUUGGAAUUGGAUUCAAGUUUUUGGAACUUUGAAUGUAGUUUUGAAGCUGAUCGUUUAUAUUUCUCUGCUCUCCACUCUUCUAUCUCUUUUAUGAUCCUUUCAGGUUAUUGUUUUGGCCUUUGUCGAAUGCUAUCGUUAUCCUCAUGGAGGGUGAGACAUCAUGGGAGUCUCUUUCUAUUAGCCACUCUGGAAGUGAGGUUGCUGACAUCGAACCAGUUUCUGAGGGCAAUGAUGAAGGCGAAGGAUUACUGGUUUCUUUAGAUAGCAUUCUUCCGGAUGAUAUCUUGGAGAAAAUCCUGUCCUUUUUGCCCAUUGCAAGCAUUAUCAGAGCUGCAUCUGUAUGCAAAAGAUGGUAUGACAUCAUCUAUUCAAAGAGGUUUCUAUGGGCCAACAAGUUGCCUCAGAAGCCAUGGUACUACAUGUUUACCUAUUGCGAGUCUCCAGCUGGUUAUGCUUAUGACCCAAUACUUCGGAAGUGGUAUAAUUUUGAUCUUCCUUGCAUCGAGAGAAGUAGCUGGUUUCUCUCUUCCUCCUGCGGAUUAGUUUGCUCCAUGGACAAUGACAGUAGGAGCCGUAUUUUUGUUUUCAACCCGAUCACAAAAGACUGGAAGAUGCUAUUGGAACCUCCAGGUGCAAAAUUCCCAGACUAUAGUACCGUUGCUAUAUCUGUGGACAGGAAGUCUCAUGAUUAUACUGUUGUCGUGGCAAAAUCUAAGCAGGUGCCAGAUGAUUUCCUUCAAUGGGACUUCUCCAUUCACAUAUAUGAGUCUGGGAGUAGAUCAUGGGUCACAUCCAUUAAGGAGGUUUUGACAGGAUGGAGGGGAGGUGAUGAGUGCGUGAUUUGUAAUGGAGUUUUGUACUGUUUGAUUCACUCUACUGGUGUUUUAGGAACUGCUGACCUUCGCCAUGGUCUGAUCAUGUAUGAUCUUUCGGCCCAAUCUUCUCGCACUUCUCUGAUGCGCACCUUUAUACCAGUGCCUUGCUUCCUCACCUGUGGCCGGCUGAUGAACCUCAAAGAGAGGCUGGUCAUGGUCGGUGGGAUUGCAAAAUACGACAGGCCAGACAUCAUCAAGGGGAUAGGCAUCUGGGAGCUUCAUAAGAAUGGGUGGCAAGAGGUUGCCCGAAUGCCGCACAGAUUUUUCCAAGGAUUUGGUGAGUUUGACGAUGUUUUUGCAAGCAGUGGCACUGGUGAUCUCAUAUACAUACAGAGCUAUGGAGCUACUGCCUUGCUUGUUUUUGACAUGAGCCAGAAGCAAUGGAAAUGGUCAGUCAAGUGCCCUGUGACAAAAAGAUUUCCUCUUCAGCUUUUCACUGGUUUCUGCUUUGAACCGAGGCUUGAAGUGGCCUCCUGAAUUGCUUUCUUCUGUGUUAGAUUUGAUGGAAUCAUAGGGAUCUAUAAAUUGUUUUGCUGUUUUUGGGGUCAUUAUGAAAGUUUUUGUGGGGCUUGGAGCUUACAGAAAUUGUUUUUGUUAUAGAGUAAACGAUUUCUGAAAAUGUUGCUGGCGAUCCUUGUUCUUUUCUUUCAUAUCUCUAUGGACAGGAUACUGUGAUGUCUUCUGGCACGGUUGAUGUGUAGAAAGUCAGGAGGAGCCGACUCCCAUUGUCCUGUGACGACAAUUUCUGCAUCAUUUGGUGAAAUUGCUGUGUUUCUUUUACUGUUUUGCUUAAUCUUCAAAAAUUUUAUUUCCCUUAUCAAUAUCAAUAUUUCACUCACAUAUAUGUUUUAAAAGUUGUUUGUAUCCAUCAUUGUCUUCUUUUACCAGUUUGGAAAAGGAUAUUUUCCUUCUUGCUUGUGGUGGUUUUUCAUUUUUUGUGAUGAAUGCAUAGCAUUUGGAUACUUGUUAUGAACACCACUUAAAAAGGCAGAAAUUUUCUGGUGUUGGUCAUUUCCUUCGUUGUAUAAUUGAGGAGCAUCAAAUCUCAAAGAAGUUUGGCUCCAUUAUCCAAAUCCUUGUUCUUUGACUGCAGUAUCUUUAAGAAAAUGUGUGUUUUAAGGCACAUUGAUGUGCUUAGGGCACAUAUUUAAUUUACUCAUUUGUUUAGUCAGCUUCAGGUUAAAUGUUCCUUUUCUCUUUGAUAUAUAUCCACUUGUGCUUUCAUAUCUCAUUGCCUGUUGUACAUACAGAUGUUCAACUCAGGUUUGUAAUGCAAAUCGCACACCCAACACUUCUCGUCGCAAUUGUCAGGAUUCUGCUAUCCCCUUCGAAUUUUCUUCAUGUUCUCCCAUCUUAAGGUUUAAGAAGCCUUGCCAAUGUAUUUACUAGAAUGAAUAAAUUUUGCGCCCUGCUUUAUAAAUAACUUGCAGGGACCAUUGAAAAAUCUUCAGCUUGUAAUAUAGCUAGAUAACACUGUAAGCAGUAAGGUGGGUCGAUUACUCUUGAUAUCUCAUUGGUUAUAUUUCAGUUAUGUAAAUCUUAUAACCAAUUUAUGUUACGAGGUGAGCAUUAGUAAUUCUUGUUUGAACAAUGUUAGACAUCCAAGUUCUGCAAUGCAUUGCCUUUGUUUUGAUCUGAGAUACAUCUAUUUGUUCUCAGAUGCUGGUGGAAGCUAGAUAAAAGGGCAACCUAAAAUCUGCCUAAAAUGACCAACUCCCUACCAGGAACGGAAACACAGGAUAUUCUUUCCUGUGAGGGAGAUUCUUUCCUUACCAAGACCCUGUAAAGAAAUUCCACAGAAAGAAGAAGAAGAAGGGAUCUUGGGCCUCAGAUAAACCAAUGGAGGAGGGUGAUCCCUUGUUGACAGCCUUCUCUCAGAGGUUUGGUCGGGGGACACAGACAACUGAGCCCAUUUCUGGGCACUUUUGAAUCAACUCUGAGGCCAUCGCCUCUUGUCAACACUACUCAGGACUGUCCCGGCUCAUGGUUAGAUUUUGUUGGAAUUGUGCUUGGCUUUUUGUGAUAAGCUAGUUCGUCUCUUUGCAUUUGUCCCGGAGCUGGCAGACACUUUGUUGGUUGUUUGUUGAUUUAUUGCAGAUCCUGUCUCUGGCUGCAUUUUUCUCCUUUUUUGCUUCACUUUGGAACCUACUACUGUGGAAGAAGCAGCUGAGAUUCUGUGGCGCCGUAGGCCUGGCUUAAGUUGGAGCUUAUUCUAUGCCAGCCUCCCAGACGUAGGAAGCAACCAUCCAUCAUCAGCUUUUCUUUUUUUUUUUUCUUUUUCUCUCCAGUCAAUUGCCAAGCUCAUAUUAAAUGCGAUUCAAGUGACAAGAUAUAGAGGGUGGGAUUCGUUUGAAAGGUUUCAUUUGUGGACUACAAAUGGCGGAAAACAUUGGGCACAUCAAUCCUAAACUUGCCAUGUCCCUGCAUCAUUUGCACUGUCCUGUUUCGCCUGCAUUCACAACCUGCUCAUCCACUGGGUUGUUUCCUGUUUACGUUUUGAUGUAUGAUGCAUUGGUAUGAAUUUCAGGUUUGGACAACCAAUUGUUGACUGUUGAGGAGGGGUGUUUACAGAAUAUUCAUCAUUCUUUUACUAAAAUUCGAUGGGCAGUCUUUGUUUCUAACCACAACUAGAUUUGUAAAAGGUGUGGACAAUUAUCAUAUAGCAAAGGAUUUUUGUAUGAAA